AUGGCUGGUGCUUUAGAGAAUGCUCGUAAAGAGAUAAAGAGAAUCUCACUAGAAGAUCACGAAGAAUCUGAAUAUGGUUCCAUUUACUCCGUCUCUGGUCCUGUUAUCGUGGCAGAAAAUAUGAUCGGUUGUGCUAUGUACGAACUGGUUAAAGUCGGUCAUGACAAUUUGGUCGGUGAAGUCAUUAGAAUUGACGGUGAUAAAGCGACUAUCCAAGUCUACGAAGAAACAGCAGGUGCUACUGUCGGUGACCCAGUUCUAAGAACAGGUAAACCUUUAUCUGUUGAAUUGGGUCCAGGUCUAAUGGAAACCAUUUACGAUGGUAUCCAAAGACCUUUGAAAGCUAUUAAAGAUAUCUCUCAAUCCAUUUAUAUUCCAAGAGGUAUCGAUGCUCCUGCUUUGAGUAGAGAUAUCAAAUGGAAUUUCACUCCUGGGAAAUAUGUCGUAGGGGAUCAUAUCUCUGGUGGUGAUAUCUUUGGGUCCAUCUUUGAAAACUCGUUGUUAGAUAACCAUAAGAUCCUAUUGCCUCCAAGAGCUAGAGGUACCAUUACAUGGAUUGCUUCCGCUGGUGAAUAUACCGUCGACGAAAAAGUGCUAGAAGUAGAAUUCGAUGGCAAGAAAGCUGAAUAUUCAAUGUAUCAUACAUGGCCGGUUCGUGUUCCAAGACCUGUUGCUGAGAAGUUAUCUGCAGACUACCCUCUAUUGACUGGUCAAAGAGUCCUAGAUGCUUUGUUCCCUUGUGUUCAAGGUGGUACCACAUGUAUCCCAGGUGCUUUCGGUUGUGGUAAGACCGUUAUCUCUCAAUCCUUAUCUAAAUACUCUAACUCCGAUGCUAUUAUUUACGUCGGUUGUUUCGCUAAGGGUACUCAAGUGAUGAUGGCUGAUGGUUCUGAUAAAUCAAUUGAAGACAUUCAAUUAGGUGAAUUGGUCAUGGGUAAAGAUGGUACUCCAAGAACCGUUAUUUCUUUGCCACGUGGUAAAGAAACAAUGUAUGAAGUUUGUCAUUCUUCCGCUAGUGGUGUUGCCCCAACUACAUUGAUGAACUAUGUUUGUUCAGGUAACCAUAAGAUCGUUAUGCAAACCCCACAACAAGUAGGUAUCACUGAACAUGGUCUAGAUAACGGUAAGAAUUAUACCAGUGUCUCUUAUUUCGCCCUAUUGGAUUCUCAACAUGGUUAUCCUGUAGUUAAGAAGGUUACAAAGAGUUUCGAACAUCAACAGAAUGGUGGUAAAGAACAAACUCUAUUGCUAGUCAACCAAUUUGUUGCCUCUUUGGACUCUAAACCAAUUGACUGGGACGUCGAAGCUAAGCAUUACGAAACUCUAGGUCAUUACGUCAAAAAAUGUUCCUACCAAUUAAUUAAUCCUGUCUUCCAACAAUCUGGUAAAUUGGCUCAACAAUUAGCCACUUUAGGUUACUCUAGCACAGUCGCUCCACAAUUGGGUUGGUUGUUAGGUUUCUGGGUUGGUAAUGGUGCUAUGAAACACUCUCAAUUCACCAUUGAAUCUCAAAGCAUUGAAUUGAUCGACAGAAUCCAAGAAACUGCUUUACCAUUAGGUCUAUCAACUACUACUGCUUGUUACUACAGUGGUUCCAAGGAUGACGAAUCUAAAUUGGCCAAGAUUAACGGCGGUAAAGUACAACCUGACGGUACCGUUGUCUUUGAAGAUGAUUUGGAAGGUACUCCAUCUGCUAAAGAAUUAUCUGACAUGGACAGAUUAUCCGAAUCUAAAACUGCCACUGUCUCCACCGCUUUUGGUGUCGAAGCUAUUGAUGAAUUAGUCGUUACUCUAGGUGCCGCUGAUAGCCGUGGUAAUGUCUUCGCUAAUGUCGUUGAAUCCUUUGGUAUUGAUAUAUCCGAUAAGGAUGCCCUACUAGAAAAGAUUGCUAAUGAGUUGGCCCAUGAUGACUUUGAGGUUCGUGAACAAUUCAUUGCUGGUCUAGUUGAUUCUAACGGUUACGUUAGAAAGGACGUUUAUGAUCAUGCCUCUGAAGCCUCUGCCACUACCACUUACAAAGCUGUCGCUGAAGGUCUAGCCAAAUUGGCUCGUUCCUUAGGUAUUAAGAUCACUGUCACUACUGAUGCUGAUGACGAAGAAGAAGAGGGUCACCAUGACCAUUCACACUGUAGCCACGACCAUGACUCCACCACUUAUACAGCUGUCAUGACUGGUGAUGCUUUGACCAAUGCUAUGAAAUUCUGUGCCCUUGGUAGAAAUAGAGUCCUUGCUAAGGAAUUCACCAGAGAAGCUGUUCCAUUCUUCUUUACUUUGGACAAGAAGGCUGAAGAUGACUACUAUGGUAUCACUUUACCAGACAACACCGACAAACAAUACUUACUAUCUUCCAUGGCAUUGGUUCACAACUGUGGUGAAAGAGGUAACGAAAUGGCUGAAGUUCUAAUGGAAUUCCCAGAAUUAUUCACCGAAAUUAAUGGUAGAAAGGAACCUAUCAUGAAGCGUACUACUUUGGUUGCUAACACUUCCAACAUGCCUGUCGCUGCUAGAGAAGCCUCCAUUUACACUGGUAUCACUUUGGCCGAAUACUUCAGAGAUCAAGGUAAGAAUGUCUCCAUGAUUGCUGAUUCAUCUUCCAGAUGGGCUGAAGCUCUAAGAGAAAUUUCUGGUCGUCUAGGUGAAAUGCCUGCUGAUCAAGGUUUCCCAGCUUAUUUGGGUGCCAAAUUAGCCUCUUUCUACGAAAGAGCAGGUAAGGCUGUUGCAUUAGGUUCUCCUGAUCGUAUUGGUUCAGUUUCUAUUGUUGCUGCAGUUUCUCCAGCUGGUGGUGAUUUCUCCGAUCCAGUUACUACUGCUACUCUAGGUAUCACACAAGUCUUCUGGGGUCUAGAUAAGAAAUUAGCUCAAAGAAAGCAUUUCCCAUCUAUUAACACUUCUGUGUCAUACUCCAAGUACACUAAUGUUUUAGAUAAAUUCUACGAUCAAAAUUAUCCAGAAUUCCCAACUCUAAGAAACCGUAUGAAGGAAAUUUUGUCUAAUGCUGAAGAAUUGGAACAAGUUGUUCAAUUGGUCGGUAAAUCUGCAUUAUCUGAUAGUGACAAGAUUACUCUAGAUGUUGCAUCUUUAAUCAAAGAAGAUUUCUUACAACAAAAUGGUUACUCUACAUACGAUGCUUUCUGUCCAAUUUGGAAGACUUUCGAUAUGAUGAAGGCUUUUAUUGCUUAUCACGAUGAAGCUCAAAAAUCUGUUGCUAAUGGUGCUAACUGGUCUAAACUUGCUGAAGCUACCUCUGAUGUGAAACAUCAAGUCUCAUCAUCUAAGUUCUUUGAACCAAGUAGAGGUGAAACUGAAAUUAACGGUGAAUUCGAAAAGUUAUUAUCUAAUAUCCAAGAGAGAUUUACUGAAUCUACUGAUUAA